AUGGAAGAUGACAAAAACGAUUACAAUCCCGAAGAGGAAGUCACAACUGGAAAUUGGAACACCCCCAAGAUUGAAUUGAAAGAAGUAGAAAUAAAAACAGGUGAAGAGGAUGAAAGCCUGUUCUGGUCAGGGAGGUCUAAAUUGUACAGGUGGGUAGAAGGCGAGUGGAAGGAACGAGGACUAGGGGAAUCCAAACUGUUGUUACACAAGAAAAAAGGAAUCAUCAGGUUUCUACUAAGACAAGAGAAAACACUGAAGGUUGUGGCUAAUCACUAUAUCUACCCCAAUAAGUCCUACUGCAAACUCGUGCCCAACGCAGGAAGUGAAAAAAUCUACGCAUGGACAGUGAAAGAUUUUGCAGAGGAACCGAAAAUCGAGCAAUUUGCCUUAAAAUUCAACACGGCGGAGGCGGCCAAGUUGUUCAAGCAAAAGUUCGAUGAGGCGGGCCAAGUGAAUUUGAAGUUGCUCGAUGAUAACGGACAGCUGAAGAGCAAGGUCGCAGAGGAUAAGAAGGAGGACAAAAAGGAGGAUAAGAAAGAAGAGAAGGAAGAAGAGAAGAAGGAAGAGAAAAAGGAAGAGAAGAAGGAAGAAAAAAAGGAAGAAAAAAAGGAAGAGAAGAAGGAAGAGAAAGAGGACGACAAGAAGGACGACAAAAAGGAGGAUAAGAAGGAAGAAAAGAAGGAAGAAAAGAAGGAAGAAGAGAAGGAAGAAGAGAAAAAGGACGACAAAAAGGAAGAGAAGAAAGAAGAGAAAAAGGAAGAGAAAAAAGAGGAGGAAAAAUCCAAGGACAAUUCCAAAAGUGGGGAUGAGGAAAAGGAAAAGGAGAAAAAGAAGGAGGAGGAAGAGAACAUCAAGCGAGAAAACUGA